AUGAUGAUAUUACGGAUUACGAUCCAUGCUGGUCCAAUUACACAACAAUUUUCUAGAGAACUGCAACAGCAGCUUGUGGUGCAACUUACAAUGUUUUACUUCUAUUUGCUAAAAAUCUCAUUUCCUUAA